AUGAAAGUUCACAGAGAUUCCAAUAACACGCUACUGAUUAUUCUGAUUAUAAUUCUGCUACUGAUUAUUUCUGGUGGUGCAUUUGGAUACUUCAUUCAUCAAAAUAAGAAUAAAUCAGAUGAUAAGGAAGUAAAACCAAAAUCAAGAUCAAAAAAAUCAGAAACCGAAACAAGACCAACAGAUGACCCAUCUAAGUCAUUGAAGGCAAAGAAGGAUAAGAAGGCAGCUAAAAAAGAGAGAGAUCUGCUUGAGACAAAGUAUAAGAAGGCCGUUGAUGCGUUAAAUGAAAAGUACAAGGAGAAAAUGGAUGAAUAUAAUGCAAAGGCAGAAAAAGACAAUAACGAUAUGAAAGCCAAAAUGGAGGAGAUAGCCGCUCACAAUGCUCGUUUGCUUAAUACAAGAGAGGCCACUGAACGUAGGAAUGCUGAAGCAAAGCAACAAGAGCUGAUAGACCAAUUCAAUCAAUUCAGUAAGCAACGAGAAGAUCAGCUUGCCAAGUAUAAGGCACAAAAAGAUGCCGAGGUUGCUCAACUAAAAGAGGCGCAAGUGGAAAUAGGCAAGAAGUACGAGCAAAGGAUGAAGAAACAGAAACAAGAUGCGGAUGAAGUUGAGAAGCUGCAAGAAAACUUCAAUAACACUCUUGCUCAACAGGAGAAUGCAGCACAAGAGUACAUUCGGAAGCUGUUGGAAUACCAGGAGAAGGAGAAACAGAAUAUGAUGCAACGAUACGUCAUUGAAAUGGAAAAGAUGCGUGAAGCCCAAAAUAGGCCGAAUCCAGCCGUAGGUGCACCACCAAACCCACAAAUUCGUUACCAAAUCCAUCAGAAUGCAAUUAGUUAUCAUCCACAAGGCACAAAUGUAGCACCAGGAUACAAAAUACCAAAUCUACCACAGCACCUGGAACCAAAACCAGUGUUUAAAGCACCAGAAUACGAGAGAAUUUCGGAACCAAGAGAAAAAGAGGAGGAAUCAACAAGCAGUGGGCUAGUCAUGGAACCAAUUGAUACAAAACACUGUACAGAAUUCGAAGGUGCACAAUAUAUUCAGUACGUCAACAAAUUAAUUACAAAAAAAUGGCUUGUGGCAAUAGAUAGUGAUAAUAUUGAUAAUGUGAUGAAAGUGCACUUAGACGCAAUUGCCAUCUUUCUGAGGUUUGUCAACUUGAACAAGAUCAACCUUAGUCCAGAUACUCAGGUUGUGAUUAUGAAGUUGUACAAGAAACGAAUUGAGUCAAUCUGCAAAUUUGUGGAAACUGAUAAGUUGAGCACAUUGUACAACAAAAGGAGGUCAAUUGAGGAUGUUUUUGGUGGCUCCAUCGAGAACUUUCCACUGCCAUUCUACGAAAUAGCAGAAGAAACCAUUAGAAUAAUUGUUCCACCAACAUUCAUGAAUCACUGUAUGGCAGAUUAUCCAUUCAUGAAUGCAAUGAAAAGGGCUAAAGACGACAUCCUGGGUGUAUUAGGCAAAAGAAUGCUGGGAAAUAGAAAACCAAACUUCAUAAAAGCCAGAAAACUCAUCGUAUGGAACAUCACGUUGACGAUAAAAUCGUACGCGUGCCUGGGAUUGAAAGAGGGAGCACAUGAGAUUGCAAACAAGGCAAACGAGUUGUUUAUGCAAGUGGAUGGUGAUCAAUAUUUUAAUAUUCCGGACUACGCAUUCUUCACUCAAACAGUCACUAACAUAUUUAAAAAUAAAGAGUAA